AUGGAACUCAUAGACCAGAUCAUCGUUCCGUGCUGCCUGCUAGGCCUUGUGGCCGCGCUGGCGCAGUUCCUGAUCAUCAGGAAGAUCGGCCUCACUCCGGAUUCCAAGGACAGCUUGAGUACUGGCCUCACAGCUGGUGGCAGCGAGCAGGCUCUGAAGCUGGUCCCGGAGAUCUACGCGAAGAUUAUGGAUGGCGCCGUCCAGUUUUUGAAGGUGGAGUACGCCAUUUGCACGGCCUUCUGCCUGGCCUUCGCCGUCCUGAUCAGCGCGCUGGUGUCCUGGGGUACCAAGAGCACCCUGCAGGGUCACCUCACUGCCGGCGCCUUCUUGACAGGAGCCUUUACCUCGAUGCUUUGCGGCUUUUUGGGGAUGAUGGUGGCCACCUACUCCAACGCCCGCACCACCCUGGCCUGUGCCUACAGCGGCUACACCCUGGGCUUCAACACGGCCUUCCGUGGCGGCAGCGUCAUGGGCUAUGCGCUCUGCUCCCUGGGUGUUCUGAUCCUCUGGGUGCUGCUCAGCUUCUACCGCACCAUCUUCCCAGAGGCUGACGACUGGGAGAUCCUCUUCGACUGCGCGGCCGGCUAUGGCCUGGGUGGCAGCACCGUUGCCAUGUUUGGCCGUGUCGGCGGUGGUAUCUACACCAAGGCCGCCGAUGUCGGUGCGGACUUGGUCGGCAAGGUCGUUGCCGGCCUGGAUGAGGACGAUCCCAACAACCCCGCCACCAUCGCGGACAACGUCGGCGACAACGUGGGCGACAUCGCCGGCAUGGGCGCGGACCUUUUCGGCUCCUUCGCCGAGAGCACCUGCGCCGCGCUGGUCAUCGCGGCGGCCGCAGUUUCCGGAUCCCACAACACCUUAUCCGAGGCCGGCUGGGACUCCAUGCUCUUCCCUCUGGCCAUCUCGGCUACCGGCAUCGUGAUCUGCAUCAUCUGCGGCUUCGUGGCCACCAACGUCUCACCCGUCAGGGAGGAGGGCGACAUCGAGACUGUGCUGAAGGUGCAGAUGGUGCUCACCGCCGUCCUGAUGCUGCCAGUCAUCUACUACCUGGCAGUUGUCUUGCUCCCUCCGGAGUUCCGCCUGGAGGGUGUGCGCCUGACGGAGGAUGGGCACCCGGCCAAGAUCACCGGAAGCCCUUUCAAGUGCUUCAUCUGUGCCACCAUGGGCUGCGUGGGCGGCCUCAUCAUCGGUUUGGUCACGGAGUACUUCACCUCCCACAGCUACAUUCCCACGCGUGAGCUGGCCGCCGCGUGCAAGUUCGGCACUGCCGUGAACAUUAUCCAGGGCUUGGCCUUGGGCUACAAGAGCUGCAUCGUGCCGGUCUUCGUGCUGUCCUCGGCCAUCUACGUGUCCUUCCAGCUGUGCGACCUCUACGGUAUCGCACUGGCGGCUUUGGGAAUGCUCGCGACGCUCUCCUGCGGCCUCACCAUCGACGGCUUCGGCCCCAUCUCGGACAACGCAGGCGGCAUCGCGGAGAUGGCGCUCUUCGGCCCCGAGGUGCGCCGCCGCACGGAUGCCCUGGACGCCGCCGGCAACACCACCGCGGCCAUCGGCAAAGGCUUCGCCAUCGGCUCCGCCGCCCUGGUCUCCCUGGCCCUCUACGGUGCCUUCGUCGUGCGCCUGCGCGUGAAGACCGGCGUCAACAUCCUGGAGCCCGUCACCUUCGCCUUCCUCAUCAUCGGCUGCAUGGUCCCCUACUGGUUCGCCGCCCUCACCAUGAAGUCCGUCGGCAAGGCCGCGGGCGAAAUGGUCGCAGAAGUGAAGAGGCAGUUCAGCGUCAAGGACUCCCAGGGGAAGACCUUGCUCGAUGGCAGCACCGAGUUGAAGCCGGACUCCCUGACCUGCAUCCAGAUCUCCACUCAGGCUUCCUUGGUCGAGAUGGUGGCUCCAGCCUGCCUGGUGAUCCUCUCGCCCCUGUUGGCCGGCACCUUCUUCGGAGUCCAGGCCGUCUUCGGUCUCCUGACGGGCUCCCUCGGAUCCUCGGUGCAGCUGGCCAUCUCCAUGUCCAACUCGGGCGGCGCCUGGGACAACUGCAAGAAGUUCAUCAAGAAUGGCUUCUCCGACGAUCCUGAGUUUCUGGGUGAGGGCAUGUGCUUCCGUGCCCGUGCUUCUUUAGCGUUUGCAGGGGCCUUGCUUCCAAGAAGCCCUCCUGGCAACUCGCAGGCAGUCGGCGGAGAGCUAGUGGAGUACGGGGCGAUCGACUACCGUUCGGCCCUCUUCCCGCUCUUCGCUUUUCGUUCGGCGGCCUGGGAUGCGACGCUGCCGAUGGCCGUGAUCACUGGCGGGGUUCAUGGCUACGAGCUUGGAAGCCUGGGCGCCAUUGAGUUCAUUGCACAGCACUUCCAAACCUUCGUAGCCCAGAACUCCGUGAAUCUGCUGCUUCUGCCCUGCGUGGCACCCUGGGGCCUGGAGAUGUGCGAGCGCUGGACGCCAAUGGCGGUGGAUCCGAACCGGGCGUUCAAACCCGAUGGACAAAGCGAGGAGGCGGCGCUAGCAAUGAAGUGCAUUGCGGAGCAUCGCGCGAGGUCGAAGUUCCUCCUCCUUCACAUGGAUCUUCAUGAGACCACGGACACAGACAACACCGAGUUCACCCCGGCUCGCUUUGCACGCGAUGGCCUUACCGAAGACAAGUACGAGGAGUGGUACGACAUCCCGGACGGAUUCUAUAUCUAUGGGGAUUCGGCGCGUGAGAAAGACCAGCUCGAGUUUUCAAAGCACAUCAUCGCGGCUGUGGAGAAGGUUACGCACAUUGCCGCAGCCGAUGACCGUGGGAAGAUCGUGGGCGAACCCGUCGCCGCACCUGGGGUUCUUCUGGCCCCAGGUGAGGGUACGGCCGACGCACACACUGAUGCUAUGUACGUGACCACCACGGAGGUCUACCCGGACUCGCAGAGGACAAGCCGCGAGGAGUGCAACCGAGCCCAGGCUGCGGCCAUCGUAGCCGGGUUGGAGUUUGCCCUCGCGCACCAGGACUGA